CGUCUUUUACCCAAACCCGACCCAUGCCCACCUCUACUCACAAGUUGAAUCAGGUUGAAAUUGGAUCAGUAUCAAGUUGACAUAGUUGUCAGAUUUGUUUGUAACACCACUAGUACUAGUGGAAUAAGAAUGACUUCAAAAAGGAAGAAAAGACAACAACAACAAAAAAAAAAAAAGAGAGAGAGAAAAGAAAAAGAGACAUGAAUAAAAAUAUAUUCUUUAAGACUUUCAUCAAGCUGGCUUGUCUUGUUCCCUACAGUCGCAAACGCAUCGGUGCACAUAAUUCCUUCAUUUCUUAUUUCUUCAGAAUUUUCUGAAGAACAACAUAGUUCUGUAAUAUAUCAUCAUUUUCUGCUAAGAUGGCCGAAUUAAUGGACCUCCCCUUUGAUCUAUUGAUCAAUAUACUCUUAAGAUUGUGUGGGAAACCCUUGAUGCAAUUUAAAAUUGUAUGCAAAUCAUGGUAUGACUUAAUUAGCUCUCCUCGUUUUGUUGAGCUUCAUCUUGAUCAAACCCUAGCUCAAUCAAAUCCGAAACGCCACUUUGUUUUUUCAGCUCCCCACCUCUCUUCAGCUGAAUUCGAUACGUUUGAUCGAAUGAAAGAGCUUGAUAAUCCCUUUCGGAGUCAGGGUUUUGCCCAUGUGGUGGGUUCUUGCCAUGGGUUGCUCUGCCUAUGUAAUUAUGAUUUACACCUUACUAUACUCUUGUACAAUCCCACUACUCAAACACACAAAAAACUCCCCUUUUUGCCUAAGCCCUCUAGCUUGCCUUAUCGAUACUCGUUUGGGUUUGGAUAUGAUGGGGUGUCGAUGGACUACAAAUUUGUUAGAAUUCUCCAAUCUGAUGAGGGAACGGGUCCUUUUAAGAGUCAAGUCAUGGUUUAUAGCUUGAAAAUGGAUAUGUGGGUGAGGGCUCCAGAUGUUCCGCAGCCAUUUUCUUCCUACCGUGAAGAUGGUGUUCUACUUAAUGGUACAUUGCAUUGGGUGCAUGAGUUUUUUGAUGGGGUUGAAAAGCGUUAUUCGAUUGUUGGGUUUAGUCUUGGUGACCAUAGCUUCAGUGAGGUGCUACAACCGAAGUUUGUAGAAAGGUUUUGUAACUUCCGAGUAGGAGUGCUUGAUGGGUGUUUGUGUCUUUUGGUUAAUGACUUGGAAUACUCGGACAUAUGGGUCAUGAAAGAGUAUGGUGUGAAGGAAUCUUGGACUAGGUUGUUCAAAGUUAAGCAAUCGCAACAGCACUUGUUUCCUGAGUGGCCUAUUGCAUAUUCGUUGGAUAGACAGAACCUGUUUCUGCAGCUGAACACUUGGAGGGUCGUUUCACUUGAUUUGCAAACCAUGGUGGUGAAGGAUGUUAAGGUUUGCGAUUUCUCUAGAUGUUUUGACACGCAUGUAUGUAUAGAGAACCUCAUAAUGUUGAAGGAUUCUGGGACUGAAGGUGAAGAAACUGACCAUCAUCUGGGAAAGAAGAGGCGACGGAGGAGAAAUCAUGUGCAGCAAAGACGAAAUGAUAGUGUUGAUGAAGUUUUGGAUACGAAUAUGGAAGACUAAUCCAUUAGAUGGGAGGAAACGGAACAUAAAUGCAAGAAAGAUGAAAAGCUUAUAUUGCAAUGUGGCAGGAGAGGAAUGCCCUUUCGAUGGUGGUGUCUUUCCAUAGUUGUAUCUGUUUCCCUAUUGUUAAAGAAAAUAAGCUCAUUCGCAUCAUUUGUACAGUUUGGGCUUGUUGCUGAUUGUGGCAUGAAGCUAUUUCUUCGGGCUCAGAGUUUACAACUCUAAAUAAUUGAGAAAAGCUGAAAGCUUUCUCUUGGCCAGUUUAUUACAAAUUGGUUUUACUGUACAAUUCUCAUUUUUGAAUGGGGUCUGAACUCUGAACUAUGAACUCUGAAACACUUGCAUGUAUAUAAUGUGCAUCUCUUAUUUGUUGUACAUUUGACAAACUUAAAAUUGUGUAUUCUGAUUCUGUUGAAUAUAAAUCCAGUUAUCGUUUCUAAGA